CACCGUUUGGCUAACUUUGAGCUGCUGCUCUACUUUCGUGUGGCAGAAAAAUGAGAUUUCAACAAUUCUUUUUUGUCUUUUUUAUUUUUUUAAUGAGUCUUCUCCUUAUCAACGGACAGAGACCAGCUAAUUUGGCUAUGAGAAGGAAACUACACAGACACAACUGCCUGCAGAGAAGAUGUAUGCCUCUUCAUUCUCGAGUCCCCUUCCCCUGA